GCGUAUGUCCGGUCCCGUUGGUAGUCGCCAAGGAGUCGAUCUCGCGUAACGGGUUACAUUCGUCCGUCGAGCCAGCCGAUCCCACUUCGUCGGCCUAUAAAAAGAUGUCUCAGAAGGGACAGGACGCCAGUGGCACGUGCGAAAACGACAUGUCCACGUCGAAAAGCAGCUCGCUGUUGAGACUGAACCAGGAGGAUCGUCGCGGGUCGGCCGACUGGCAGGACCAGGACACCGACUCGGAGAUCAGCGAGACCGAUUUCCUGACUAAGGGUGCGUUCCUGCUGACGCCCAGCCACGAGCUGAGCAUCGAGAAGGCGGCGACUAUUUGCGAGAAGAUGAACUUCCGUGGCGCGUUCUCCUUGACGAAGACGGCGACCGGUAUACUCUUCAAGUUCAGCAACAUCGACGAUUUUCAGGCGGUCUACAAAAAGGGCUUCCACAAAGUCACCGGGGCACGGUUCUACAAGAAGGUUGCCAUACCCUGCAGACCGGCAAAGACAUUCACCGUCUACGUUUUGGACGUACCUGAAGAAUUACCCGAAGAGGAUAUUAGGCAUGCCCUCUACAAGUACCGGUCCAUAGUCGAAGUUACGCGGCUACCUCUCAACACAGGCACCGUCCUGAAAGCGAUCAACGACAAGCUGAAAAGCGACGCUCACAACCAAAACGAGCCAGCGACGAUUUACACGGGUCCACCCGUUAUAAGGGUCACCCUGGCCAGCGUAGAGGAGACCUCGAUGCUGCUGAGCCGCGGUCUGGAUUUUUAUGGGGCCACAUAUUUCCCCACCGAAACGCCCCAUCCAGCUGCUCAACCCCUUGCCAAAUACAAAAACAACAGGUGGUUCGAGCUGGCGGCCAUCGGCGCCGGACAAAGAGUCAGGGACUUACUUCCGGUCUUCGACAACGCGGGCUUCAACAAAUUGUCACCUCCGGCCAGCCGGUUGAUAAAACCGCAAAAAAAUUGACGCGUCCGCCGGCCACCGGCGACAUUUUCGUGAUACCACCGGCGCGGCGAUGUGACCCGGACACCGGACGCGGGUUCGCCGACGGCGCAGGAACGUUCCGCGAGGAUCAAGGAUAGAGGAGAGAUCCCGCGCUGGUGGUAACGAAACCAUUUUGAGGUAACGGUGUCUUAAUUUGACGACCCUACACUGUUGUUAGGCUAACGUGGUAAUAAUCCAGGUAGAACGAUCUCGGCUGGAAACUUUUUAAUGGGGGUGUGUUCAUUUUAGUACAGUUUCGUUACCGUGAACGGCAGUCGCGUUUCUGUCCCCGGCAUUGAUAUUAAAUAGUUUUAAGUGAUAAUCAGACUGCAGAGUUUUGGAAAAAUUUACGCGCUCGAGGUGGGGAUCUCGGUGAAACGGGAAUUAAAGCAUCAUUUUUGGGUAUUAAACGAAGAUGAUAGAGUCGAAGAUCGGUGUUAUUUAAAUUGUGGCAUAUAGAUGGUUUUCGUGUAACUUAUAGUAUUGAAUAUUGGGGUAGAAUUUGUGGUGCACCGUUGUUAUUGAAAUCAUAGUAUAUAUAGAUGACUUUUGUGUGAUUUGUAGUAAAAUGCGUGGUACACUGUCGUUGUUGAAAUUAUAGUGUGUAGAUGAUCUACGUGUGGUUUGUAGUACUGAAUAUUCGAGUAAACUUUGCGAUGCAGUGUUCUCUGGGAAAUGUAUGGUUUUGGUAAUUGAUGGAUGGAAUUGGAGGAAUAGUUAUCAGAGGAGAAUAAAAGAAAAUCAUAAAUAAUUCAUAAUGACGUGAUCCCCUACCAUCGAGAUCUUGUCACCUUUCUCAUAAAUAUAAAUUAUUCUGGAUGCGUGUCUUGAAUGUUUCGCCAGUACAUUAUGAAGUUGAUAUGGAGCGUCCGAUCUUUUUUAUACAAUGCAACAUACAUAUUUAUAAAGACGGUUCUACCUGGUUCAUUACUGUUUCCGCGAGAAAUGUUCCUAUUUUUCCUCCUCCUCGUUUAAAAUAUUAAUUUCCAAUUGCAAUAAUAAAUCGCUGUUCCUAUUUAACCAUUUUGAAUGAAAUAGCUGUAAAACGAAACGUUUACAGAAGGCGAGCGCGUGUAAAGAUAUUUUCCUAAUUUAUGAAACUCAGAUAUGUGUCGGACCGAACCUUCCUUAUUUAAAUACCUAACGGUUAUGUACGCUUUAAUUUAUAUGAA